AAAAAAUAUCUAGCUCCCGUACUGAUACACCCUACCCUAUUUAUCAUCUUCCUCUCCCAUUUCCCAAAAGAAAAAGAAAAAUUUCACGCAAAUACCUCUCUUUUUGUCGAUUUGAAAUCCAACCCAAAAACCUGAAAAAACGAAAAAAAAAUACGUUAACGCUGUUUACUAGAUUAUUUCUUUACUUAAAAAGCUCUUUUUUUCCCCCAAAAAAUCUUCUAAUUUAUAUUUUACCUUCGAUUUAUUCAUCCUUAAAUCAUCGAAUUAUGAUAUUUUCUAAGCUUGGCCGAUCAUCUCCCCGAUCUUCUCAUUCAAGAAAGUUGUUGUACCGUGGCGAAGGAGGUGCCACUACCGGUGGAACGUCGCCGAACUUGCCGCUUUUGAGCGGGAGCGUAGAUCGAAUAAUUGGGCAAUCAGGGUAUUUGAGAGGAUAUCUAGCUUCAAUAGGAGCUGGAAAGGAGUUUACUUCAAAGGCUUAUUUGUCAGAUUUGAAUUUCGUUCUUGCUAACCCUAGAAUCCGUCGCUUUUUCUCAAGUGAAGCCCCAAAGAAGAAGAACUAUGAAAACUUUUACCCUAAGGAAAAGAAGGAAAUUCCAAAGCAAAAUGACCAAAAACCUGACUCCAAAGAGGAUUCGAAGACAGAUGACCAAUGGAAUUUUCAGGAAACUUUCCUGAAGCUUUUUCAAAAUUUGGUUACCCCUUUGCUUGUACUUGCAUUGUUUCUUUCUAUGUCUCCCUGGACUGUUGAGCAGCAACAAAUUAGUUUCCAAGAGUUCAAGAACAAGUUUCUGGAACCAGGUUUAGUUGAUCAUAUAGUUGUUUCUAAUAAGUCAGUUGCAAAAGUGUAUGUGAGGAACACACCAUACAAUCAAACAAGUGAAGAUCUUAUCCAAGGUCCUGCUAAUGGUUCUUCUGUCAGAGGGCAUGGAGGUGAAUACAAAUGCUUCUUCACCAUUGGAAGUGUUGAGUCUUUUGAGGAGAAGUUGGAAGAAGCCCAAGAAGCUUUAGGGAUUGACCCACAUGAUUAUGUUCCCGUGACAUAUGCCUCUGAUGUGAUGUGGUACCAGGAGUUGAUGAGGUUUGCACCAACUUUAUUGCUUCUUGGAACCCUCAUGUAUAUGGGACGGAGAAUGCAAGGUGGAUUGGGUGUCGGUGGAGGUGGUGGUAAGGGUGCCCGUGGAAUUUUCAACAUAGGAAAGGCCCAUAUAACCAAGGUGGAUAAAAAUUCCAAGAAUAAGGUCUAUUUCAAAGAUGUUGCUGGCUGCGAUGAGGCUAAACAAGAGAUCAUGGAAUUUGUGCACUUCCUUAAGAACCCAAAGAAAUAUGAGGACCUAGGAGCUAAAAUUCCAAAAGGUGCUCUGCUUGUGGGUCCUCCAGGUACGGGAAAGACCCUCCUAGCCAAAGCAACUGCUGGUGAGUCAGGUGUACCUUUCCUAUCAAUAUCAGGUUCUGAUUUCAUGGAGAUGUUUGUUGGUGUUGGACCAUCCAGGGUGAGGAACUUGUUCCAAGAAGCAAGGCAGUGUGCUCCUAGUAUAAUAUUUAUCGAUGAGAUUGAUGCAAUUGGUCGAGCAAGAGGUCGCGGAGGUUUCUCAGGUUCUAAUGAUGAGCGUGAAAGUACUCUUAAUCAAUUGCUAGUAGAAAUGGACGGAUUUGGAACCACUUCAGGAGUAGUUGUCCUUGCAGGUACCAAUAGGCCUGAUAUCUUAGACAAAGCUCUAUUGAGGCCAGGGCGAUUUGAUCGUCAAAUUUCAAUUGAUAAACCUGACAUUAAAGGCCGUGAGCAGAUAUUUCUGGUCUACUUGAGAAAGAUAAAGCUUGAUCAUGAGCCAUCAUAUUACUCUCAAAGACUUGCAGCUCUUACCCCUGGCUUUGCCGGAGCCGACAUUGCUAAUGUUUGUAAUGAAGCUGCUCUAAUUGCUGCAAGGAGUGAAAGGGCACAGAUCACAAUGGACCAUUUUGAGGCCGCUAUAGACAGGAUUAUUGGUGGUCUUGAGAAGAAGAACAGGGUAAUAAGUAAACUUGAAAGGAAAACGGUUGCUUAUCAUGAAUCAGGUCAUGCUGUUUCUGGCUGGUUCUUGGAACAUGCUGAACCCCUCUUGAAAGUCACAAUUGUUCCUCGUGGUACAGCAGCACUUGGAUUUGCUCAGUAUGUUCCGAAUGAAAACCUUCUCAUGACAAAAGAGCAGCUUUUUGAUAUGACGUGCAUGACCCUUGGUGGUCGAGCAGCUGAACAGGUUUUGUUGGGAAAGAUAUCAACAGGUGCGCAAAAUGACCUGGAAAAGGUGACUAAGAUGACGUAUGCCCAGGUGGCAGUUUAUGGCUUUAGUGACAAGGUAGGUCUCCUCUCUUUUCCUCUGAGAGAAGAUGGAUUUGAGAUGUCGAAGCCCUAUAGCAAUAAGACGGGUGCCAUCAUUGAUGGUGAAGUGCGUGAGUGGGUAGCAAAGGCGUAUGAAAAAACAGUACAACUUAUAGAGGAACAUAAAGAACAAGUAGCCCAGAUUGCUGAAUUGUUGCUUGAAAAGGAAGUUCUUCACCAGGAGGAUCUGGUUCGAGUUUUGGGCGAACGACCAUUUAAAUCAAGCGAACUUACCAACUAUGACAGAUUUAAGCAAGGUUUUGAAGAUGAAGAAACUAAGAGCAUGCAAACACCGGAGGGUGGGAUUGCGGACGAUGAUGGUUCCGCACCUCCCCUUGUUCCUCAGGUUGUCCCAACUUGAUGGAUCUUUCAGGUUAGUUUGAUUUUGUACAUUUGGGCUAAUAAAUUGUUACCUUUUUACUCGAAUCUCUAUUAAUGACCAUGUCUUGGCUGCUUUUUAACAUUGUAUCAUUUGUACAUGAUUUUAAGUUGUCAACAAUAGUUGUUAAAUUCAGAGAUAUGUUUCUUGAA